AUGGCUGUAACCCCCCAUGGAAGCAAAUGUGGUUUAAAUAGCUUUUUUUUUUUCCCCUUCCCUCUUCUUGAAAUAGAAGGAUCCGUGGGAUCGCAAGCUUUGGUCCAGCUCUCGCCCAAGCAGCCCAAGCAGGGUCCGUUAGAACAGGGCAGAAGCCUCCAGCAGGGAGAGAAGGCAGUAGUUAACUUGGAGACCAUACCCAACCAGCAGAGAGCGGAGUCAGAUUCACCCCUGAGCUCCGAGAGUGCGGACAAGUUCACAAAGCAAGCAGCUGAGGGCAGACCACAGCCUGGGGACCUGAUUGAGAUUUUUCGAAUUGGCUACGAGCACUGGGCCAUCUACGUGGAGGACGAUCGUGUGGUCCACCUGGCUCCCCCGAGUGAAGAGUUCGUGGCCGGCAGCAUCACGUCCAUCUUCAGCAACCGGGCCGUGGUGAAGUGCAGUCGGCUGGAGGACGUGCUGCACGGCUGCUCCUGGAAGGUUAACAACAAGCUGGAUGGGACGUACCUGCCGCUGCCGGUGGACAAGAUCAUCCAGCGCACGAAGAACAUGAUCGACAGGAUCGUGCAGUACAGCCUCAUCGACGGCAACUGCGAGCACUUUGUCAACGACCUCAGAUACGGCGUCCCCAGGAGCCAGCAGGUGGAGCAGGCGCUGAUGCAAGGAGCGAAGGCCGCCGGAGCCAUGAUUUCAGCGGUGGUGGAGAGCAUGAGGCCCAAAGCAGUCACCGCCGGGAGGGGCUGA